AUGUCUCUCCACGAGAAGACAGCCAGGUACUCAUCAAUAGUCCUGAGGCUUCUUUCCUACAGCUUCUUUCGAUGGGUUGCCGGACCUGCUGCCGUCCCCCUGACUAUUCUCACAUUAUUUGCUGUUUACGUGCCUUCUUUCAUACUAUCUUACCUAAAAGGGCCAGACUAUCAGGUCGUUGACGAUCAAGUAGAGGUUAUUGUUGAGGAGCCUGUCGUCGUCGAGGGCGAGGCUGGUCAGGAUGACAAGGUCAUCCUUGAGGCUGAAAUCGAUGAGACCAUCACACUGGAGGAGAAGCCCGCCAACCCCCUGAAGUCGUUUCUCACCGGCGCACCUAUUCACCACAGCCCGAUCCUGUCGCUCAUCACGUUCCUCAUCAACGUGGCUCUGGCUACAAUGGUUAGUGAUGUCCUCUUCAGAGCGCGGUAUCAGUAUCCGAGCAACGAUCUUUCCUUCGUCAGACUCGGCUACGUCUCCCACGACGAGGCCAAGUUCCUCGUGAGAGAGCCCGACCAGACGAAACUACCUGUCACACUCGAGAUCCAUGUCAAGGAUGCCGUCGCUCCCUUCGACAACCCCCUUUGGCUCACCGGCGGCGAGGUCACAUUGCUAGACAACUCAACUGAUUUCACCUCCGUUCUGAAUGUGCCUCUGAGGCACCCCCGGCAGCGCAUCUACGAAUGGAGGACUUCGAACAACCACUCCGGCGAAUUCACGUCGCCUCCCAAGCCUGGACAGCUAUCGUCCUACAAUGAUGGAAAGUUCACCUUCUUGUCGACGUCGUGCAUCCUUCCGCGGUUCCCUUACAACCCACUUGAUCACCCUCUCUCCAUCCCCGGUCUUCGUCAUCUCGCAAAGCUCCUCCCAUCGCUGCAGGCUCAGCUGAUGCUUUUCCUCGGAGACUUCAUCUACAUUGACGUUCCCAAGCGCCUGGGCAUGACGGCCGAGGACUACAGGCAGAAAUAUCGUCACGUCUACGCCUCCCCCGACUGGGCGCCCGUCGCCCAGAACCUCAGCUGGAUCCACGUGCUGGACGACCACGAAAUCGCCAACGACUGGUCGGCGAACACGACCGGUGUGUACUCGGCCGCCGUGGACCCCUGGCACCACUACCACGCCAAGCCCAACCCGCCCGCUGCUCUCGUCGCAGGCAGCUCCCGCGCGCGGAGACUCGGCGCAACCUACUAUGAGUUCACCCAGGGACCCGCCAGCUUCUUCCUCCUCGACACGCGAACGUACCGCUCCGACAACUACGAGGCCUUUGCGAGCGAGAACAAGACGAUGCUCGGCGCCCAGCAGCUGGAGGACUUCCUCGCCUGGCUCCACCGCCCGGAGCCCAAGGGCGUCCAGUGGAAGAUCGUAGCCUCCUCGGUCCCUCUGACGAAGAACUGGCCCGUCAACACAAAGGACACGUGGGGCGGCUUCCUCUCCGAGAGGCGAAAGGUCCUCGAGGCCAUGUGGGAUGCCGGGGCGCGGGGCGUCGGCGUCGUCAUCGUGUCCGGCGACCGCCACGAGUUUGCCGCCACAAAGUUCCCGCCCCCGGAGGGCGGUCGCUGGCCCGAGACGGCUGCGCCGCACGAAUUCUCGUGCAGCCCGCUGAACCAGUUCUCCUCCCCCGUGCCGACGUACAGGCAGUAUGACGAUGAAGAUGUUGCCAUCAAGUAUAUCCACUCUGGCAACGCCAAAUUUGGCGCGCUCACUAUUGAGAGUCACGAGGGCGGAACACGCAGCAGCCUUACCUAUCGCUUGUUUAUCGACGGCAAGGAGGUCUGGGAUACUGUUGUCCUGACGCCGACUGUGCCUGAGGUUGAGAAGACGCCCGCGUCUUUCUGGAACAGGAUCAUGGGAGGAGCCUAG